AUGUCAGCUCUAACAAGUUACAUCCUUCUGCAAACUUCUCUCAAGUUAGCUAGGCUGGCCAGGGCAGCGGUUCCAGCCUGUCGAGCCGGCCUCAGGAAGAAUCCCAAGCCAAUCCCCCGGCGGGCUUGGCCUCGAGCUUUGCCUGCCAGUCUUGGAUGUAGACCACUAGCCUCGGCUCCAAGCCUUGACCGGCUUUUCCCUCAGAGCCUUGAGCUCUGCCAAACUGGCUCUACGCUCCGACUCCUUAUGCCAUUCAAGAUCCCUUCUCUUCGGAGCACAACCAACGCUCAUAGAGAGAACACAUUCCAACUCCGUUUACUCUGA